GUUAAGGUUGUUUUAUUCUGUGCACUGUGCUACAUAUUAUAUACUUUUACUUAUCUCUAUUCUCUAGUGACCAUCCCUAUUUCUAGUUAACGUACACAUUUUUUAACAAUUUCAGUAGCAUAAUAAUAGACACAAAUACUCUUAUUAUGCGCUUAUUAUUGUAAGCAAUACAAUAUUACAUUUAAUACAGAUAAAUCCGAAACAAAACGUCAUUGUCAGAAUUUACCAACUUCAUGACGUUUUGUUGAUUAAACGAGAAUUAUAUGUUUAAUUAUUAAAAAUAUACAUAUUUCUAUACUUUGGAAUAAAAUAAAUAUAUACUAUGUAACAUUUAAUAAAUAAAAUAACAUAAUUAAAUUGCACAUUAUAAUUGAAAGUAGUAUUUUAAAAUUUAAUCAUGUUCAAAAAAUUUAAAGAUAAAUUAGCUGAGGAAGUUAAGUCAUCUCCUCAAAGGAUACAACAAUUUGCACAAGCUGCACAAGCUGCAGUUACAUCUGCUUCAAGCAGCAUAUCUGACAUAACAAAUAAUGAUUUGUUUUCCAUAGGUGACAAUGAUACUCUGAGUAAAAACAAGAUUUCAACAUACAAUCAACAUCAUACUUUUCAAGAGGUGCCUCUUGCUCAGGCAGGGAACAGUCAGCAAAAUAUUGAAUCAGACUUUCAAUUUAAGCAAGAGAUGCAUCAGGAAAAUCAUGGACAAAGAAGAUUAUCCAACAGCUCACUUGCUAGUGAUAUAUCAUUCCGAUUGCCGAGUUAUGAGAGCCCAUCAAUGUACCAUCUGCAGUCAGAUAUGGAAGUAUCAGCCAGUGAAGCUGAAGAGAAAGGAUUUUCUGGAAGUACUGUAAACCUAGACAGAGUUACAAAAGAACAGUUGUAUGCAGCAUACCGUCGUACUCAAGAUCGUUGUACUAAAUAUAAAACUCAGUAUGCAGAUCUUGCUCGUCAUUACAAACUUCUGGAGAGGGAAAAUGCAAAAGCAAGGAAUGUCUUAGUAGAGACACAGGAUAAAGCUUUAAGAAGAUUAUCUGAAUUAAGAGAACAAUGUUCAUUAGAACAAGGUGCCAAAGCACACCUUGAAAAAGCCCUGCGUUUAGAAAUUGAGGAGAAAAAUAUAAAAAUUGAAACACUCAAUACAAAACUAAGUCUUUUACAAAAUAGUAAUAUAGUGGAUACUGUUGAGUUAACAGAAAAUAAGCUCCAAGUUACAAAUAACAAAAAUGAUAAUGACGCACCGUUAAUUAAUUUAGUUACUGAUGAUAUAAAUAAUGACCGGAAACCAAGCGAAGAUACCGGAAUAGCGGAAACGACAGUUUUAAAUAAUAAAAUUGAAAAAUUAGAACAAUUGUUAAAUAAGUAUAAAGAAUCACUUAAAUCUACUAAAGAAAAAAAUGCGCAAUUGACUACAGAAUUACAAAUAAUUUCUUCUGAACUUGAAACUAAAGUUAAAGAAAAUGAACAGCUUAAAGCUGCUACACUAUCAUUAACAGAAGCGAGGCAAAAGAUUCACGAACUGAAUGAAAAUAUUGAAGAAUUACAAAAUAAAAAUAAUUCAAUUGAAUUUUUAAAAAAUAAAGAAAUUUCUAUAGUCGAAAUAAAUUUAAAAAAUGCACAGGAAGAAAUUGAAAAGUUACAUGAAAAAAUCGAAAUUUUAAGUAAAAGAGAAGAGGAGUAUGCUAUAUCACUAGCUGAAAAUAAACUAAGCAUUCAUAAAGAGUUAGAAAGUAAGGAAACUGAAAUCAAAUCAUUAAAAGAUAGCUUAGCAAGUAGUGAUAGUGAAAUUCAGUCACUUAAUAUAAUAAUAAAUAAUUAUAAAAGCAACAUAAGUCAAUUGGAAGAAGAGCAUAAUAAGUUAAGAAAUGAAAUUACUGAACUAAAUGCUGAUAAAACUAAAGCGGGAGAGUUAAAAACAGAGUUAGAUGCUCUUGCACAAAAAUAUCAAUACCUUGAACAAACAAAGAGUAAGGCUGAUGAGGAGUACAAUUGUUUACAGCUACAAAUGAAGCAAGAAACAGCUGAAAAGUUAGCAAUGAUUGAUAGGAAUGUUUAUUUAGAAAAUAGAAAUACACAGUUGCUUGAAGAAAAUACGAAGAAAAGUACACAAAUUAGCAAUUUAGAAAACGAAAAUCAAACAUUAAAAACAGAAAUCAAUUCUUUAAACAAACAUGAAUUACAAGAUGAUAAGAAACAAGCAAAAGAAAUCAAUAUGUGGAAAUUAAAAUGUAGUAACUUAGAAUCUGAGAUUCAAGAGGAAAGGGUAGAACUUGUAAAAUUACAAUCGGAAAUUGAAAAACUUUUAUUAAAUCAUGAGUCUAUUCAAACACUUAACGAACAGCUGAAUAUUACUGUAGAGGAGUUAAAAUCAGAAAUAACAUCACUAAAAGAUAAAGUAGUUCAAGGAGAACAGGUAAAGAAAUCAUGUGAAGAGUUGAGAACUAAUGUGAUUGCCUUACGAAAACAUUUAAAUAACACCUUAAAAGAAUCAAAAUCAUUCAAACAAAAUAUAAAUGAAACACUUAAUAUAAUUAACGAAAAUAUGAUCUUAUUAACUAACACGACAAGAAAUGAACUUGCUCGGUGUGAAAAGGUAUCCGAAGAUUUGCGUCUUUCUAAUGUCUCUUUACAAAUUAACGUUCAAAAUAUGUCGGAUCAAUACAAAACUUUGAACAAUGAUUAUAAUCAAUUGCGAAAAGAAAACGAUAAAUUAAAAUCAAAAUUAGAGAAAGUGCAAUUUGAAAAUAGUGAACAGUUACAAAAGAUAAAAGAUUUACAAAAACAAAAUGAUGAUUAUGUUAAGGAAUUGAAUAAUUAUAUGACUGAUUCAGAAAAAUUGAAUGAAGAAAUUAAAAAAUAUAGUAAGGAGAAAACCACAAUUGAUGAAAAGCUUGUGAUUUUAAAGAAAGAAAAUGAUGAACUACUGGUUUCAUUAAAAGAACAUGAAAAUGACAAAGAAAUAUCAAGAAAUGAAUUUAAGAAUAUAUCUCAAAAGUAUGAUGAUCUGUUUAACAAUUUCAAUGCUUUAAUGAUAGAACACAAUGAAUUAUCAACACUUAAAGAAGAUUAUCAGAAAAAAACAACCAUUAUACUUAACUUAGAAAAACGAAUUGAUGAGCUUAAUCAAGAAAAUACAUCAUUAAAGAACUUAUCUGAAACUAUUUCCAAAAAUGUAACUAAUAUCGAAUCAGAAUUAAAAGAAGUUCGCAAAUCACAUACUCAAAUAGAAAUUGAAAAAGACCACUUAAACUCUGUUAUAUCUGAACUUGAAGAAAAUAUAAAAAAGGAAAAACACGCAAAAAAUACACAAACAGAUAACUUCAAUGAGCAGGAACAAAUCCUUAACGAGAACAAAGACACAAUUGAACAAUUAAAAAUGGAAAUAGAACUCCUAAAGAACACUAACGAUACAAUAUCAGAAGAAAAUAAACAUAACAGAUCAGAAAUUUGCAAGAUGGAGGCUAUCACAAUAAAACAAGAGGAACGUGCGCUGGAGUUUGAUGCGCUAAAAGAGGAGAAUAAACGAUUGCAGUCUGAUAUUGUGGGCCUGCAAUCUUAUAUGACAAAAGUUUCUAAAGAAAAUAGUCAACUUAAUGAUAAAUUACGAGAAAUCAUUGCGACUAAUGAUAGUGACGAAAAAAAUGACAUGUUCAUUCGUGAUAUAGAAAGUCUUCAAAAUGAAAUCCAACACGGAAAAGAUAAAAUAGAUAACUUGGUUCGCGAGAACUCAUUGCUGGCUGAAGAGAAUCUUGAAUUAAAGGACCAAAUAAAAUCACAGUCAUAUCCUAAAACAAGCAUAACUACUGAUAAUAAUUGUAUAAACAAUGACGACAUUGUUCAUAAGUAUAAUAAUUUGUCAGAAACAAAAAAUCGAUUAGAAAAGAAAUUGAUUGAUCUAGAACAAAUAAAUCAAUCAGUGACUGAUAACAUGAAUCAUAUGCAAAACAAUAAUGAAAAAUUAAGACUAUCUAAUGAAAAAUUAGAAAGAAGACUAGAUGAAGCACUUGUUAGUUUAAGACAUUUGCAUUCACUGCAGGAGAACACUCAAUUAGAAUAUUUAAAGAAUAUUGUAUAUGAAUAUCUGACAGGUUCUGAACAUUCCGAAACUCUAGUUAAAGUAAUAACAGCAGUGCUUAAAUUUGAUGAUAAUCAAACAGAGGCAAUACUACAGAGGCAAAAAGAAAGACAUAGCUUGCUCCGUCACCUUGGCCUUAUUGGAUAAAUAAAUCCAUUAAUAUAUAAUAAAGUUAAAUUAAUCAUAUUAUUUAUUUUUUAGUUAAAUACAUUUUUAUAUUUUGUACAGACAUAAAUUAAGUUAUUCAUUGUGAAAAGUAAAAAUGCAAUAAUGUUGCCAUUUUGUACAAUUUGUUCUAUUUAAAGCAGAUUUUAUAUACCUGGUUAAUAAUUAGAAGGUGUGAAAAUGUAAUCACAAUAAUUAUAUUAAUAAAAUAUUAAAAAAAAUAUACUAAAAAUUUUAUCUCUAUAAUUAUUUCGAAAAUUUGGAAUUGUUAAUAAAA